UUGACAUUUUGAAAUUGUCACACGAAAAUAUUUUCGGGAGAAUUUCAUUAAAGACAAAAAAGUUCUCAAGUUUUCCAUUGUUCUUCAAUUAAUAUUAAUAUCUUUCUAUCUAUAUUAAACAUUCAUUUAAUACUAUUAUGUGUAUUAUAAUGGACGAUAAUUUGCAUUGUGAAAUGCUAUAAAUAGAUUUGAUUGUAGAUAAUUCGCGAAUUUUUUGGUGAUGGUAGUUCAGACAUAUUGAGAAAACAGCAGACAUGGGUAGGAGGGAGGAACAGGCAUGGGCGAAGGGCACCUUAGGUCUGGCGGUGGCCCGAGAGCGAGGUGACAUCGACAGGCAGUUCCAAAACCGAUUAAUGGUGACGAGGAGUAUGAUCGACAGACUUGGGUUGGAGAAAGAGCUUCAAGGGCACAUGGGAUGCGUCAACUGCCUAGAGUGGAAUGCUGAUGGAUCAGUUCUCGCAUCGGCAUCAGAUGAUCUGCAUGUUAUUUUAUGGGACCCGUACCGUUACAAGCAGCUACACAAUAUUGCUACGGGACACACUGGAAAUAUAUUUUCAGUUAAAUUUCUGUCGCCGGACACGAUCGUGACGUGCGCGGCCGACAGCACGGUGCGGGCUCGCAGCGUGUGCGGGGGCGCCACGCUGCUGGAGUGCUCCUGCCACUGCGGCAGAGUCAAGAGGCUGGCCGCUCCUCCUGAUACGCCUCAUCUCAUCUGGUCUGCGGGAGAAGACGGACUGAUAUUGCAGCACGACCUCCGCACGGCGCACCGCUGCAACUCUGACUCCUCGAAUGUCCUGAUUAACCUGCUGAACCACCUGGGCCGGUACGCCGAGGCCAAGUGCGUAGCCGUCAACCCCAGGAGGCCUUACCAGCUGGCCGUCGGUGCUAAUGACUUUUACGUUCGCCUGUACGAUACCAGGAUGGUCAAGCUGGCCAAAAUACAAACCAAGGCGUCGUCCACGUCGCACCACCGCAUGUUGUGGGAGCGGCAGCACGUGUGCAGCUCGCGCGCCGGCGCCGGCGACCCGGAGAACAACAUCCUCCGGGACUCCGUGCACUACUUCGCACCAGGUCACUUGUCCAUGGAACCGAACGAGCACACCUUCCCCAAGAAGUCGACGACGUACGUGGCCUUCAGUAACGACGGAAACGAGUUGCUGGUGAACCUGGGCUCCGAGCAGGUGUACCUGUUCGACUUGAACAACGGUCGGAGCCCCGUCUUGCUGGAGAGCUUCAUCAUCCAACAUAACCACGGCCCCAAGGACGGUAAGGUGGCUCCGAAGAAUGGAACCAGCGUGCCCAUCCUUGCCGACUCCCCUCCCCCCGCGCCCGCCGCGCCCGCGGCCCCCGUCGACUCGCCCACCCACCAGCUGCCAGACCAUGUCAAGCAACUCAAGGAAACGGCGAACGGGUACAUGGCAAAGGGGAACUACUCGCACGCCGUGGAGUACUACAACCGGGCGCUGGCGGAGUGCCAGAACUGCGCCAUCCUGUACUCCAACCGAGCCGCCGCGCUCAUGAGGAGGGGCUGGGCCGGGGACACGUACGCCGCCGUCCGGGACUGCUACACGGCCAUCCGCCUCGAGCCGGCGCACGUCAAGUCGCACUUCCGGCUCGCGAAGGGGCUCAUGGAGCUGCGCAAGGUGCGCGAGGCCCACGAGUCGCUGCUCUACUUCAAGGACAAGUUCCCGCGGCACGCCUCCAGCCACGCCGUGUUCCUGCUGCAGAAGGACAUCAACACGCUCCUGGAGGCCAACGACGCGCAGCCCGCCGAAGGGUCCGGAAGUCCAGGCAGCGAAGAGGAGGGCACCGGGACGCAGAUCUCGGCCUUGGAGAAGCAGCUCCGCGCCACGGCCCGCGACUACACGUGUCGGUUCCUGGGCCACUGCAACACCACCACGGACAUCAAGGAGGCCAACUUCCUGGGGCCCGACGCCGAGUACAUCGCCGCGGGCUCCGACGACGGCAGCAUCUUCAUCUGGAGUCGCCGCACCGGCAACAUCGUGCGGUGUCUGCGCGGGGACGAGUCCAUCGUCAACUGCAUCCAGAUGCACCCCAGCAUGUUCCUGCUGGCCACCAGCGGCAUCGAGGCCGUGGUGCGGCUGUGGAGCCCCCGCCCGGAGGACGGGCAGUGCGACGCGCGGCGGGUGGCGGACUGCGGCGCCGCGGCGGCCGCCAACCAGCAGCGCAUGCGCAGCGACCCCUUCGAGGCCAUGCUACUCAACAUCAGCUUCGCCGGCGCCGACCGCGACCUGCACUCGCCGGCCUGCAGGCCCACCUAGGGCAGACACCAAAAUAGAGGGUUUGUGAUAAGGCGCGGUCGCUCGCCGACACCGAGUCAUUUGUACAUAUAUGAUUAUAUUAUACGUUAUUAUUAUAAUAUUAUGGUUAUAUUAAA